AUGAAGUCUGAAAUGCAGACUACUUGCUCUCCGCAAUCUUCCCCAAAAGACCGUGGAACAAAACCUCAGUCGCUGCCAGUAUUGGAAGUAACUCCGGAAAGAAAAGGAGUUCCUCUGGGACAAUCUUUUCGACUGAAACCGCAGUAUCGUGGACGUCUUCGUGAAACAGACUCAGACGUAAACUUGCGCUCACCGAGCCCCGCUCCCGGGACUGCAGAAUCGCAUGGGCACGGCCGAUUGUUACGACGUCGUCUGUCCCGCUCAGUGGAAGACGUGCAAGACCACGAUCCGUACAGAGAGAAGGGUGCUGCUGACAUUAAGCGACUACUGAACAUUCGACGUGAGAAGGCCGAUCUCCAAAAAGAAACAACGAAACAGAUUCAAAAGCUGACUUUCAUGAUCUCCGAUAUAAUGACAAGUGGAAACAGCAACCAGCAAACAGACACUGAAGUUCGAGUCUGCUGUAUUAUACAGGUACGCAAGCCUUAUUGUGUUAAGUGAUU